GAUUCUCCUGAUUUCGCCGUGAUAUAAUGUUGUGUUUUGGAGGAUGGCACGCCUCUUUGGUAAAGCAGGCGAACUUUGAUAUCGUUUUUGUUGGUGAAGUGUUUACAGCACGACGCGUGCACUCGCAAAUCUCUCACUAUGGGGUCCGCAGUGGGAUUUGCGCUGAGAAAACUUUUUGUUUAUAUAUCAGCCGUGUUGAUGGUGUGCGCUGCGAUCCUGCGGAUGUCCAUGUUGAAGCUCCUGUCAUUCAUUUCCCCUGGACGCAUGAGGAAAAUCCAUAUGAAAAUGGGGGAGAGGACCACGAUGACCCAAAACCCCAAAUUCAGAUACGAAGACUGGGGACCGGCUUUCUUCUCUCUGGCGUUCAUUAAAACCUUGUUCUUCGUCAACUGGUGCUCGCUGGGCCUCGAGGCGUUUGAGGGACACUCCGCUCCGGACAGCGCUUUAAUUACCCUGGACCGACAAAAGACGAGCGUUCAUCGUUUUCUUAAAGGUAAUCGUCCCCUGGUUCUGAGUUUCGGAAGCUGCACCUGACCCCCGUUUCUCUACAAACUUGACGAGUUCAAACAGCUUGUCAAGGACUUCAGCAAUGUCGCAGAUUUCCUCAUUGUUUACCUUGCUGAAGCUCAUGCAACUGAUGCAUGGGCCUUUAAAAACAAUGUGGAUAUCAGCGUGCACAAAAACUUGGAGGAGAGGCUUGCUGCGGCUCGGACCCUGCUCAAAGAAGACCCUCCAUGCCCUGUGGUGGUGGAUGAGAUGAACAACAUUACUGCCAGCAAAUACGGAGCCCUGCCCGAGCGGCUCUAUGUCAUUCAGAGUGGCAAAGUUAUCUAUCAGGGAGGCAUCGGACCUUGGGGGUACAAGCCUGAAGAGGUUCGAAAAGUUCUGGAAAAAAGUAAAUAAAUGGAGAAGAAUGGCAAAAUGUUUUUUAUCUUAGCACUUUUCUGAAAUUGUAGCGCCUGGACUCAUUUUCUGAGCCUUCUUGUUUGUUUGUGACGGAUACAGAUUAAACUGAACAGUUUCUGUAACUUGAUGUUUCAAACAUUGGGGCGGAUGGAAAAUGCAAGUAAUGGUAGCAUCAGUAGCAUAUUUUUAAGAUAUAGAUUGCCUAUAUAUAUAUAUAUAUAUAUCAAAAUAUAGAUUUUUUUGUUUAGUUUUAUAAAAAUUAAGCUUUCAUGCAAAUGUAAAAGCAAUGCACACAAUUAUCAUUCCAGCAUUUACUCAAAUAGCCCAUAAAUAUCUGUCAGCACCAAUUGUAAUAAGCAUGUAUGCUUUUCUGGGUUUUCUUUUAGAACUUGUGACUGUAAAUGAUGCUUACAGGGUAAAACUGUGUGAACUGUGUAAACUGAUGAUUCAGUCAUUUGUUCUUAAAAAAAAGAUAAAGAACCACAGAUCACCAAAUAUACAGAGUUUUAGCAGCUAUUUAAAUAAAUUAUAAAUCUCGUAAGAGUCAGCGUA